AUGGAUUAGAGUAAAUACCAAAUAAAGAAUGAACUCUUAAAUUUGAGUUUUACAGAAGAACAAAUUGCUCAAGUAUUACCAAGUGCUGAUAGUCUAGAAUAAGCUGUUGAGUUACUUUUAGCAUUAUAAGAAGGACAACACACGAUAAAAUAAAACAAUGGAUUAUUUGCAGAAAUUAAUGCCAUUGAAUUUGAUGAUCAUAUGCAACCAAAUUUCGAUUUUAAUAAGAGAUAUAAAAUGGUAUGUGUGGUGAGAAUGGAUUUAAAAAUGGGCAUAGGGAAAAUAGCAGCAUAAACAGGACAUGCAGUAUUGGGAGCAUAUUAAUAAUUAUUAAAUGACAAAAAUGUAUUAUUAUAAAAAUGGGAAGGAAGUGGUUAAGCAAAAGUAGUACUGAAAUGCGAGAGUCAAUAGGAAUUGUUCAAUAUUGAAGCAAAGGCAAGACAGAAUGGACUCAACACCUAUUUGGUAACUGAUGCAGGUAGAACAUAAGUGUAACCUGGAAGUCAAACUGUUUGUGCAAUCGGACCAGCUGAUUGCGAUCUCAUAGAUUAAGUGACUGGCCAUUUAAAAUUGUUAUGA